CCUGGAGGACGCCUCCGUGCCACUUCCUGAAACCUGCCGGAGGGGCCGGGGCCCAGGGCGCAUGGCCAGGACAAGCCGAGUCAUUUAAAACUCCUGGAGUCAACGUCCCAGCGGAGUUUGCAGGACGCACGCAGAGCUCGGGAAGGGCUGACGCUAUGCAAGGUGAGCCCCUGCCCGGCCCCGCGCCUGUGAAGACUUGAGAAGCAGCUGCGAGAAUUUUUUCCACAGUGCACUUUGUCCGCAUAAUGGGGAUAAUUACUUCAAAAAUUAAUGUGAAAACAGUCUUGAAGAAAUUAUAAAAGAACUCAGACAAUAGAGCUAGAGGCACCCUCUUGAGAAACUGGAAAAUGUCAGGAAACGCCACCUCGGUGACGGCCCAUGUCCCGCGCUCCGCCGAGGGCUGCAACGUGUCGUACGAGGAGAGCAGGGUGAUCCUGGUGGCCGUGUACAGUGCCGUGUGCGCCCUGGGCCUCCCGGCCAACUGCCUGACAGCGUGGCUGACGCUGCUGCAGGCCCUGCAGGGCAACGUGCUGGCCGUCUACCUGUUCUGCCUGGCACUCUGCGAGCUGCUCUACCUGAGCACUCUGCCGCUCUGGGUCGUCUACAUCCAGAACCAGCACCGCUGGACCCUGGGCCCGUGGGCCUGCAAACUGACCGCCUACGUCUUCUUCUGCAACAUCUACGUAAGCAUCCUCUUCCUGUGCUGCAUCUCCUGCGACCGCUUCCUGGCAGUCGUCUAUGCCCUGGAGAGCCGGGGCCACCGCCAGCAGAGGAUCGCCGUGGCCGUUUCGGUCUCCGUCUUCGUCCUCGUAGGGCUGGUCCACUAUCCCGUGUUCGAGAUGGAAGAGAGGGGGACCUGCUUCGAGGUGCUGCCCACGGACAGCAGGAUCGCCGGGUACCACUACUCACGGUUUGUCGUGGGGUUUGCGGUCCCACUCUCCAUCAUCGCGUUCACCAACCACCGGAUCUUCGCGAGCAUCAGGCUGAGCCCGAGCCUGAGUGCCACCCAGAAGGCCAAGGUGCGGCACUCGGUGACCGCUGUCGUCAUCAUCUUCCUCGUCUGCUUUGCCCCCUACCACCUGGUGCUCCUCAUCAAGGCCGUCGCCGUCUCCUACUACAAAGGGGACCAGGACGCGCUGUGCACAUUUGAAGCCAGCCUGUACACGGUGUCUGUGGUGUUUCUGUGCCUGUCCACAGUGAACAGUGUGGCCGACCCGGUCAUCUACGUGCUGGCCACUGACCACUCAAGGCAAGAAGCAUCCAGGAUCCACCGGGAGUGGAAGGAGUGGUCAGCGAGGACCAAUGCCAGCAAGCUCACGUGCUCCAGGGACUCGGACGAGGCGAGGUUCCCCACUGCACCCAGCAGCUGCUACGCAUUCUCCGGGCCUGUGCACCCCCCAGGACUGCGGCCGCAUGUGUGGGGCUCCCCUUGCACCCCAGAGAGGCUGGGCGAGGAGGCCUGCUGAGCCUGGGGCGCGCGAGGGCGGGGGCUGGCAGCUCCCCUUCCGCCGAGUUCGCUGUGCCCUUGGUGCCAGCUGGAGGACACUCUCUGGAAGAUGUGCCCCUGGCUUCUUGUUCCCGGAGCCGUUGCCUCGGGGAGCCUCUGCCUCUCAGGGAUUCCAGCUGCCCAGGCUGUCCCAUUGGGCACAGAAACCUACUGGGGAGCUGGCCUUAUGCCACGGGCUAGCGGUGACACUUCCAGGCGCCCAGAGGCGUGGCGUCGGGGACUCCCUGCUCCACAGCCUUGCUGGGUGGUUCCCUCAGCCAUGAGAGCACAUCCAGGCCUUUGCCAGGGCCAGGGCUUGCCCGGAGCCCCCGGCCAGCAGCUGGUACACAGUGGGCAUCAGGCGUGGCCAGGGCAGCAUCCCUGGUCUGUGGGUUUGGGCUGGUGCUGCGCAGCGACUGAAGGGGCACAGUGGGGUGUCGGUGAGCCUUCGCCUCAGGAUUGCCUGAGAUCACUGGGCUCCGACGCAGUGUCCAGUCACCCGGGACAGCCCUGGACCGAGCAGGGGGGCAGGAGCUGGCCCUGAGGGCCUCGGCUGGAAUGCUGCUGCAGGGGCUGCAGGAUCCCUACAGGAGACCCUAGAGGGGUAGGCCCAUGCGCCCCCCACAGGGAACCCCAAAUCCUCACAACGGGACGGUCAGCCUGCCAGAGAGCUUGCCUGGUGCCUGGGGUCUGCGUUGUGUCCCACAUGGCUGCUGCUGGGGCCAGGGAUGUGCUCGGAGCCCUUUGCCCGGGGACCUCUGGGCUCCCUGGUCAGUGAGAAGGGACACAGGGCUCCGGGCCGGGCCAGUCGGGAGCGAGCAGCUGCCCCCUGCCCCCCAUGCCCUCCCCCAGGCACGGAUGAGCCCGAGUCAGCUCCCAGCUCUGCGCCACGUCCCACGGCCACCUCAGCUUCCUCGACCGUACAAGGGACUCAGGACACCUGCUCAGGAGGUCGCGUCCAGGCUGACCCUCCUCCCCUCCCGCUGCUUCUGCCCUAGUUGCCUGGCAGGUGGGAGCCCAGGGCAGUGGCCGUGGCCGGAGCCGAGCAGACCUGCUGGCCGCCGAGGGGGAUGGCCGCGCGGAGAGGGGUGGGCACCGGGGAGGCCGCUGCUGGAAGUCUCUCCAAGGGUUUGUUUCCCACGGAGCUGGGUGUGGCCGUGGUGUUAAAUUAUGUUUCCGUUUCUGCAAGGGGGCACUGCUCCUCCUCACUGUUACAGAAGUUGAGAAAAUACGUUUUCUA